AUGGCGAUAGAGCGGCGCCGCGAGGCGGGCGGCGGGGGCCGGCCGCUGCCCGAGGAGAACGGCUCCGUGCCGGGCGCCACCGCUCCCCCCCCGGGGCAGCCCCCCGCCGGGGCCGCCGAGAUCCAGGCGGUGCCGCCGCCCGCCGCCUCUUGCAGCCCUCUGCUGCUCGACUACGACGGCUCGGUGCUGCCCUUCCUCGGGGGGCUGGGCGGCGGGUACCAGCGCACCCUGGUGCUGCUCACCUGGGUGCCGGCCCUCUUCAUCGGCUUCAGCAAGUUCUCGGACUCUUUCCUGCUGGAUCAGCCGGACUUCUGGUGCCAGCAGGCCGACGGGCAGGGCAACUGGAGCGUGGCUCCCGGCCACGGCAACCGCAGCGGCAACGGCAGCAUCUUCCCCCCGGCCGCUCUGCCCACCCCCGUUGUGGGAAACGCCAGCGAGUGCGAUUGCCACGAGUGGCACUACCGCAUCCGGGCCGGCCUCGUCCAGAACGUCGUCAGCAAGUGGGAUCUUGUUUGUGAUUCUGCCUGGAAAGUCCACAUUGCAAAAUUCUCCCUACUUGUAGGAUUAAUCUUCGGCCACUUGAUAACAGGAUGUAUAGCUGACUGGGUUGGUCGACGGCCCAUACUGCUCUUCUCUGUCAUAUUCAUUUUGAUAUUUGGACUGUCUGUGGCACUCUCAGUGAAUGUGACAAUGUUCAGCACACUCAGGUUUUUUGAGGGGUUUUGCCUGGCUGGAAUAGUCCUCUCCCUGUACGCACUGCGGAUAGAGCUCUGCCCUCCUUCACACCGGUUCAUGAUCACCAUGGUGGCGAGCUUCAUUGAGAUGGCAGGACAGUUCCUGAUGCCUGGGCUGGCUGCUCUCUGCAGGGACUGGCAGGUCCUCCAAGCCGUCAUCAUCUGUCCCUUCCUGCUGAUGCUGCUCUACUGGGUUAUUUUCCCAGAGUCCCUACGGUGGCUGAUGGCUACGCAGCAGUUUGAGGCAUCCAAGGAACUUAUCCUGCAGCUCACUCACAAGAACAGGAUGAACGCAGAAAGCGACAUCAAAGGAGUGGUGCCUGGACAUAGGAUGGAUGAAUCAGUGCAUAGGAUGGACGAUGCUGUGGGAAUGAAGCUGUUGUCUGUUCCUCAUUUGUUGCAGAAUUUGGAAGAGCUGGAAAAGGAGAUCAGUAGGAGAUCGAAGAAAGUCUGCAUUAUCAAAGUGGUGGGAACCAGGAACCUGUGGAAAAACAUUGUGGUAUUGUGUGUGAACUCGCUGACUGGCUACGGCAUUCACCACUGUUUUGCAAAAAGCAUGAUGGGGCACGAAGCAAAGAUGACGAUUACCCAGAACUUCUAUGCAGACUACUAUACCAUGGCUGGGAUUGCGCUGGCAUCCUGCCUGGCCAUGUGCCCCGUGGUUGGGUUCCUGGGGAGGAGAGGAGGGCUCCUGCUCUUCAUGAUCCUUACAGCUCUGGCAUCGCUUCUUCAGCUGGGCCUUCUGAACUUGAUUGGAAAAUACAGUCAACUUCCAGACUCAGGUAUGAGUGACAGUGUCAAAGACAAGUUCUCCACCGCGUUUUCCAUUGUGGGGAUGUUUUCUUCGCAUGCCGUUGGAAGUCUCAGCGUAUUCUUCUGUGCUGAAAUCACACCCACAGUAAUAAGGGGCGGAGGGCUGGGGCUGGUCCUGGCCAGUGCGGGUUUUGGCCGCCUGACCGCCCCCAUCAUGGAGCUGCACAACCAGAAAGGCUACUUCCUGCACCACGUCAUCUUUGCCUGCUGUACGCUCAUCUGCAUCAUCUGCAUCCUGCUGCUGCCGGAGAGCAAGAAUCAGAACCUGCCUGAGAACAUCCCAGAUGGGGAGCACUACACCAGGCAGCCCCUCCUGCCUCACAAGAAGGGCGAGCAGCCCCUGCUCCUGACAAACUCUGAACUCAAGGACUACUCGGGCCUUCACGACUCAGCAACUGUGAGCGAUGGCAUCUCUGAGAACACCACUGCCAACGGGAUGAAGUCUAUGUAACUGGGUGGAUUUUCUCUUUUUUUGUUUGUUUGUUUCUUUGGUGUUUGUUUUGUCUUGGUUUUUUUUUUUCCCCCCUUCUCCCAUUCCUUUUGUAUUUUAUUUGAUGCCGUUGUGCAGGAGGAACAGCACUUUGGGCAAAGGUGUUUUGCACAGGUUUUACGAACCAGUGAUGGAGCAGAUGCAGACUUGGGGGAAUUCAACUCUGUUGCUGAAACAACUUGUAGGAAUCAACUGUUGUGCAGAUCGCUCUUGAAAAAAUUAUGGGGGAAAAUACUCAUCUGAGAAAAGACCUGGCUGGAGGUAGCCCUUCAGAACUCUUUUUUCCUGCCAUUAAAUAUGUAUAUUUAUUUUGAUUUAUUCUCAAGAAGCACUUUAUUUCCUUUUCCUUUCAUAGAUCACAAAAAUGAAGCCAUCUUAUUAUAAGAGGUGCAGCCAUUCCAAGAAAGAAACCAUGGGGGGGGAGGGGUUGUUUUUUGUUUUGUUUUUGUGUUCCUUUAAAGGAAGGAGGUAUCACUGCAAAGUUGAAUCGACUGAAACUUUGACUUGUGCGACAUUCUUCUGCCUGUGUAGAAAGGCAAAGUGCCCAGGUUGCCUGCUGUGUUUGUAUACACCAAAAAAAAAAAAAAAAGAAGAAACAAAGCAAAACCUGUUGUGACUCAAAUUCUGACUGCAUUUUAGGCAGCUUGUAGGUUUUUUUUUAUAGCCCAUGUACAUUUAAAAGUUACUUUCUAAAUUAGUACGGGUUAGUUUUUUUUCCACCAAAUGCAUUGAAGAAAAUCCUACCCAAACAGGCUGAUUUUUCAGUAAGAAUCAGCUUUACACAUUUUAAGUCUGUUAGCCUAUUUUAGACUGUUCCUGCUGGUGUUUAAUACUAACGCAGAUGUAAAUGAUUUGACCAAUGAUGCAAAAAUUAGUUUUGCCAAGAAUGGCUUUAAUUACUGGGAGGUCCUGAAUCUACAACUGACUGCUCCAGAAGAGCAUAGACCAGCAGUAACAAAAAGCAAGGAGUGUUGGCUACAGUCUGUACUUUUAUUUCCCAAGGCAGUGUGGCUGCGAUUGCCGCUCCUGGGAAAUGAGCGUUCUGGCAUUGCCCUGCCUGUGUUUAGAACCAGAGGUUUUGUUACCAAUUUAAGGGGACAGAGUGUUUAAGUGACUAUCAAAAAGGAAAGAAUGGAUAGCCUGUGAAUGAUUUAAUGUCUGUUGGCCAUCUUGGGAGUUCUUGAAAUGUUUAGUGGUUCUGAUCCAUGAAUACAUUGUGAGCCCACCUGUACUUCCCCCCUUUCCCAACUGCUUUUGUAGGAUUUUCUUCCAGGAAAAAAAGAAAAAAAAAAAAGAAAAAUAAGAAUUGGGUCAAUCCCACUCUGCUACACUAAAGAAAGUGAACAUCCAAAUUGUCACGUACUGUAUGGAUAGCACGUCCAUCACGGCCACUUGACGUCCUUCCUCCGGACUCCAAACCAACUCCUUGCAUUGGCCAUCGGCUUUUGAUUCUCGCUGUGUGAUGACUGUGAGGAUCCAGUUCAAUGCAAAGACACUGUAAACAAACAGCUUUCUUGCAUUGUCAUUAACCUCUCUCCUCCCUCUUUUCCACUCAGGCCAUCCAUUUGUGAUUGCGCAGUAGUGCAGACGUUUGAACAAACAGAGCAGCAGGAUGUUGAUGUUGUAUUGCGUGUCCAUAUGAUUGCCACUUUGUUUGAUGUACAUCUUGCGUUUGCAAGCACGGAAAGCAUUUGUUUGCGCUUUCCUCCUCUACCUGCCCUCCCCCUUCCUCCUUUGCUGUAUAUAUAUUGUCUACUAACUACUGAACCUAACAAUUUCCAUCCCCCACUAGGCUGCUGAUGUCCUCUUCCAGUCCCCAGUAAAUCAGAGAGGUGCUGCCACAGCAGGCACUGAGGUGCACAGCACAGCUCAGAUAACUGCCGAGCAGGAGGACAGGUAGACCUGCAGAAGCGACAAUUUGUCGUGUUCAGAAUAGCAAUGUUGUCCUAAAGCUACUAAUUUUUGUACAGAGGAUGUGGACAUUUGGGUUCUUCCUGAGCCCGGUACAAAACACUGGACCAAUUGAUGCUGAUUUUGCCCAAAAUUACACUACUGUUUUUUCAUCUUUGCUGGACUUGCUGUGACGGCAAGAGCCUGAUCUUCCUUACACCAAAGUUUUAUUGCCCAGCUUGAGAGUGGCCGUUUCCCUCUUUCUGUUCUGUGCUGACUUCCACGAUCUGUGCUCACCUAAGGAAAACCCAAGGCCUUUCAAGUCCGCACAGUAUCCACGUGCCAAAUUUGUGCAAUACCUCUCACCUUCAGCAUAAGAAUUCUGUGGCAAGCCACACGCACUGGGGGGAAGAAGUGGGUUCACAAGGGAAAUUGAGGAGGCAGAACAAGUUUGAAGGGAAUAGCAAAGGUCUCUGUGUGUGCACUCAAGCUGCGGUACGGCUCUUGGAGCCCCUUCCCACAGCUGGCUGCUUCCAGCACUGUCAGCGGUCCCGGUGUGCUCACCGCUGGUGUCCACAGCGCUUUAUCGUUUCCUAUCGUGGUGUUUGCUCUCUGAGGACAGGCAGGCCCAGGGAAGAGAAUGCUCGUUUAAACAUAUCAACGUUUAUGUAAUGAACACAAGGUGACAGGAAUAUUUGGCGCUUUUUGUUGUUAGUUCUUUAAAAAGUGAUGUGAAUUACUGCAGGCUUUUUUUGUUUGCCUGUAAACAGAUACUCGGUACUGAUCUAAAACGUGGGGAGUCCCAGCUUCUCAGGCCAGUUUGGCCCUCCGCCUCCAUCACGAUAAUAGAACACAAGAUCGGUAGCUCAUUUUGCACCUUCUCCUGAAAGGAUGAACAGUUCUGUGUGCUUUCUUCUGUUUUUGUUUCCUUCUCCCCACACUCGUGUAGCUGGAAGGCUUUUCUUAAGCUUCUGGUGUGGGAGAGCUCGGCGGAGCAGUGGCGUGCCACAGGCAGGCACUCGGUGCCUCAUCGCUCAGCUGUGGGCUCCUCCUCCUGCUCCUCUGCAGCCACGGCCAGGAGCUGCUCUUCUGCAACAGCUGUUUCUGGCCACCACAGUGCAGGAAGCGCUCCGAGUUGUCCUGUCCACGUCAGCCCUUUUCUGCGAGCCUUUGGUAACCCCUAAGCCCAUCCAUGGAUUUUUUUCUUCUGGCUUACCAUUCAAGGGCUUUCUUCCUUCUUUCCCGUUUUAAAGAAAAACGUGAAAGUGGCAUUAUGCUUCAUCUUUGUUGUCUUUCCUUUUAAGGUUUCCGUAAUGCUUGUGUCUGACACAAGCAGUGCCUGACACAUUGCAGACAGAUACAGCAUGGAGAAAGCUGUCAUCUGUUUGGAGGUGUUUUCUGGCACCUGUGAGCGGGUUCUGUCUGAUUUACCUUGCAAUUUCGGUGAGCACGCUUGUUGUAUGGUUGUUGGUUUUGUUUUGUUUUGCUUUAAUGGAAGUAUUUUGCUUAACUGUUGCCACUUCCUGGAGCCAAACACUAAAGGUCACCAAAUUGGAAGCAGAAGUGCCAUUAAAUGAACUCUGUGAAUGUGAAGUCAAGUUGCGCCUGUAGCUGGCACAUAAGACAACACUAUUAAGUGUGGGAUCAUCUCCCCCACUGUAACUUUUUUUAAGAAAAAUGACAAACCUCAUUUUAAAUGUAUUGUGUAAAAUGUUUUGGGAAAGGAGUAACAGUGUGUGAUGUGUGUGGGUGAGACUUCCCUCCCCAUUGCGGUUUCUGAUGAAAUUUUAAAGAAUCGUGUUACUGUAUGUUUUGAUCAUGAAUAGUCUGGUGGUGCUUCCUCAUAGCACAAGCUUAAAUCGAGUACUGAAAACAGUCUUACAAGCUAAGUGUCUGCAUGAUGUUACAUCCGUUGUACCUACUGAGAAACUUUGUAUGUAAAUGUACAGAAUAAAAAGAUGUUGUCCCAUC